AUAGAGCUGUUUACCAUGCUGUCGUUAGAAAGCUGCCACAUCAAGAGUUAGGACACACAAUAGACCAAAAGCAGAAGAAACGUCACAGCACACAUUCUAAAUUGGGACGAAGAGGUGAAGGAGGAAAAAAAACAGAGGAAGUGCUCUGUUUUCUUUGUGGUUUCUCUGGGUUCGUGAUUUUCAUCAAAAGAUCUCACCUUUAGUGCUGUGGACAAGUUUUGCUUGAGAUGGCUGACAAGGAAGAAGCCAUGCAUGCUGUUUUGAAGGAAGCUGUGGAUUUGGAAAACGUGCCACUCGAAGAGGUUUUUCAGACUCUGAGGUGUGAUUCAAAUGGACUCACAACAAAAUCUGCUGAGGAGAGGUUGGCCAUUUUUGGCCACAACAAACUUGAAGAGAAACAGGAGAGCAAGGUUUUGAAGUUUUUGGGAUUUAUGUGGAAUCCUCUUUCAUGGGUCAUGGAAGCUGCAGCAAUCAUGGCCAUUGCUAUGGCCAAUGGAGGCGGCAAACCUCCUGAUUGGCAAGACUUCGUUGGGAUUAUCACACUCCUUAUUAUCAAUUCAACAAUAAGUUUCAUAGAGGAGAACAAUGCUGGUAAUGCCGCAGCAGCUUUGAUGGCUCGUCUAGCACCUAAAGCAAAGGUCCUUCGGGAUGGGAAAUGGAUUGAAGAGGAUGCCAGUGUUCUUGUUCCAGGGGAUAUAGUUAGUGUUAAGCUAGGUGAUAUUAUCCCUGCGGAUGCUCGUUUACUUGAAGGUGAUCCGUUGAAGAUUGAUCAGUCCGCACUUACUGGUGAGUCUCUUCCUGUGACAAAAGGCCCUGGUGAUAGUGUUUAUUCAGGCUCCACAUGCAAGCAGGGAGAGAUAAAUGCAGUUGUUAUAGCCACGGGAGUUCAUACCUUCUUUGGCAAAGCUGCUCACCUUGUGGACUCCACAAAUCAAGUUGGUCAUUUUCAGAAGGUUCUGACUGCUAUUGGGAACUUCUGCAUAUGUUCCAUUGCUGUGGGAAUGAUAAUAGAGAUCAUUGUCAUGUACCCAAUUCAACACCGACAAUAUCGUCCUGGGAUUGACAAUCUGCUUGUGCUUCUCAUUGGAGGAAUUCCUAUAGCCAUGCCUACUGUUUUGUCAGUGACAAUGGCUAUUGGAUCCCAUCGCUUAGCUCAACAGGGUGCUAUUACUAAAAGAAUGACAGCCAUAGAAGAGAUGGCAGGAAUGGAUGUAUUAUGUAGUGACAAAACUGGAACUUUGACUUUGAAUAAACUGUCAGUAGACAAGAAUCUUAUUGAGAUUUUUACUAAAGGAGUUGAUGUAGAUACAGUUGUUCUCAUGGCUGCUCGGGCUGCAAGAUUGGAAAACCAAGAUGCUAUAGAUGCUGCUGUUGUAGGGAUGUUAGGUGAUCCAAAAGAGGCAAGAGCUGGUGUUCAAGAGGUUCACUUCCUUCCCUUCAAUCCAACUGACAAACGGACUGCCAUGACUUAUGUAGACAGUGAAGGUAAAAUGCAUCGCGUGAGCAAAGGUGCACCAGAACAGAUUUUGAAUCUUUCACACAAUAAGUCAGAGAUAGAACGCAGAGUUCAUUCUGUCAUCGAUAAGUUUGCAGAGCGUGGCUUACGGUCUCUUGCAGUGGCUUACCAGGAAGUUCCUGAUGGGAUAAAAGAAAGCCAAGGAGGGCCUUGGCAAUUUCUUGGACUCUUGCCUCUGUUUGACCCCCCUAGACAUGAUAGUGCUGAGACAAUAAGAAGG